AUGGGUGACAUCACACACUCUACCAUCAAGGAUGGCUGGUUCCGUGAGAUCUCCAACAUGUGGCCUGGCCAGGCCAUGACUCUCAAGGUCGAGAAGGUCCUCCACCACGAGAAGUCCAAGUACCAAGAUGUCUUGAUCUUCAAGUCUACUGACUACGGCAACGUCCUCGUCCUGGACAACGUCAUUCAGGCCACCGAGCGUGAUGAGUUUGCCUACCAGGAGAUGAUCACCAACCUUGCCAUGAUGUCCCACCCUGAGCCCAAGAAGGUCCUCGUCAUUGGCGGUGGUGAUGGCGGUGUCCUCCGUGAGGUCGUCAAGCACGACUGUGUUGAGGAGGCUAUCCUCUGCGACAUCGACGAGGCCGUCAUCCGCCUCUCCAAGCAGUACCUCCCCCACAUGUCCGCUGGCUUCAACCACCCCAAGGUCAAGGUCCACGUCGGCGACGGUUUCAAGUUCCUUGAUGACUACAAGAACACCUUCGACGUCAUCAUCACCGACUCCUCCGACCCCGAGGGUCCCGCCGAGUCUCUCUUCCAGAAGCCCUACUUCAAGCUUCUCCACGACGCCCUCCGUGAGGGCGGUGUCAUUACCACUCAAGGUUCUGAGAACCAAUGGCUCCACCUUCCCCUGAUCACCAAGCUCAAGCAGGACUGCAAGGAGAUCUUCCCCGUGGCCGAGUACGCCUACACCACCAUCCCCACCUACCCCUCGGGCCAGAUCGGCUUCAUGGUCUGCACCAAGGACGCCAACCGCAACGUCAAGGUUCCCCUCCGCUCCUGGACCAAGGAGGAGGAGGAGAAGCACUGCCGCUACUACAACUCCGAGAUCCACAAGGCCAGCUUCGUCCUUCCUACCUUUGCCGCCAAGGCUCUCCAAUAGGCGAUUUAAGAAGGGUGACUGUGGUUUAGAGACUAGAGGCUCCGGUAUAUUCCAAACAUUUACUAGGAGAUAGCACCGGGAAAAGGAGGGCAGCAAACGGUCAAGCCUUUGCUGCUGUAAAUGGGUAGAGGGCCGUGGGUGCGGUAAAAGCCUCCUGAAAAGGGGUAUCUGAAGCCAACCAUAGAAGCUUCUCAUAAAGGUCGAUUGCAUCAACAAGAAAGAAUGGAUCUUCCUCAUACAUUGUUUUGCAACUU